UCUCGCCAAAUGCGUUCAAUUGGGCUGCUCAAUACUUGCAGGCAAAUCAAUCACAACAUGCAAUUUUGAGCUUUAAGGAAUUUUUGAAUAUGGCGCGGUCUGCGGUGCAGCAUUAGUCAUCAGAGCAUGCGCACUUGAAAAUAGCAGAAGAAAAAAGAGCGAUGGAACGAGGAACACAAUCACAAUUUUUCUUAAAAAUAUGAUUUUGCACAAGUUACGCUUUUUUGAAAACCUUGAAAUAGUGAAAUAAAUAAAUAUGGGUUUCGAAAUGAAGAGCAAUGAUGUUUAUGGACUUAUAACCCAAUUGUGUGAGCGUUUAGUUGAAAAACAUUCUUCGGUAGAGGAAAAUCCGUAUUUACCACAAAAGCAUUUUUCUAAUAUUGUAAAAAAGCUGAGAGCAAAAGCGUUUGGAGUUUUGCUGAAUAAAUCCAAUCAUGCUUUGAAAAAUGACCGAGAAUAUGAUCCAAUCGUGGAACUUUUAAAAUUCAUCUUUGAACUCAAAGUCGACCUGGGUCGCUACUCACAUGCAAAAGAGUUAGAAAAUCUCGUCGAUGAACUCAUUGACAAUAAAGCCGACACAGAUGCUGUUAUUUCCUCAACAUUGGUGUUCCUAAAUGAAUUAAAAGAAACACAAUACGAGGACGAGAGAAAUUUGAACAUCUUUCAUUACGGAAAAGUAAAUCCUGACCUGCCUGAAAGCUUGCAAAAUGAAAACGAGUUUUCUACUUUCCAAGUCUAUCCCUUAGAAUCUUGCAAGUUGCCUGAAAAAUUCGAGGCAAUCUUGGAUGUUAAUCAUGAUAGUAUUAUUAGAGAUAGUGCCGCAGAUCCUGGAAGCAAACUUUUAUUCCUUAAUCAGUUUAUAUCAAGUACCGCUGUCGAUGUGCAAUCUGUAAGAAGCCAAAGUAGACCAGGGUCAGUGGGUUCUAGUCCAAGAUGUUUCAACGCCUUCUCUACAGUGACGGGAUUCGCAAUGGGCUCUUAUUUUCUGCCUCAAAUAAAAGAAGAUAGUAGAGAAAGCAGAGAAAACUUUUUCCCUGUCAUAGAAGGAAUAGUAACAGAGCCUGAAUCUCCCUGGCAAUAUUCUGAGCGACACACAGAUAUUGAAAGUGCUUCAGAAUUUUGGGAUGAUCAGACAUCAAAUCACUCUUCUCUCAAUGAAAACGAUUUAAAUAAUCUCGUUAUUUGGGAGGGUGUUCACGAGCUGCCACCAGUUGAAAAUGCUCGAACUUGGGAGACUCUGGGUGUGCGGGAAUCUAGAAAAGAACCUCCCUUUCUUUCAGAAUCAAAUGUAGCUGUUUUGCAUUUAGCUAAAUUGAAACAGGCUGGAAUAUUGCCAUUACUUUCUGAGCAGGUUCUUUCUUCCAUACCCUUGAUUAAUCAAGUUCCGACUAUCUCUUUUCUAAGGGAUGUAAAAUUGUUGCUUCUUGGCAUCGAGUCAAAUUCCUUCUACUACGAUUCUGUGGAGGGGUUCAAUUUGCAGAAGAAUUUGGCAAUUUGUGGUAUUAGUCCAGACUCGCUCGAGAAUAUAUGUUAUGAAAUUGUCCACUGGGGCAGCUGCUUCAGGGCCUUAACUAAUUUAGUUACGCCCGAUCCUCACACUGGAAAGUUACAAAUUGAAGGUCUAAUUUUUAAGGCAAUGUGCGACAGUUUGAAAGAAUUCCUACUAUACUACCAAACGGCGAUUCUGCAGAUUCCUGUGAAUGAGGAUGGAAAAAUGGGCCUUUUAAUGUUGCUGAACGCGGUGCGACCUUUAGGAUUUUUAAUAAUCGAAGUUGCUGAACUUUGUCAGUGCAACGGGUUGGAGAAAACUUCACUUGGCGAUGGAAUAGGAAUACUUACUCAUAUUUAUGAACAUGUUACUAAGGUUACCAAACCUAAUGUGGCCUUAAUAUUUUAUUCUAUACUCAAAUCCUGCUGUGAUGUUUAUUUUCGAUUCUUGAGAAAAUGGAUAUUCGAGGGAAUAUGCGAGGAUGUUUACGGGGAAUUUAUGAUUAGGGUAAAACCGCAUUAUCUGCGACUGAAAGAACGAAAAUUCUGGACAAGAGCCUUCACGAUUAACACUCAUUCUGUGCCAGGAUUUCUCAGGGGUCUCUCUGAAUCGAUUCUGCAGUGUGGAAAAACUGUGAGGCUACUGAAAAUUUGUGAUCCAAAGAAUGCUGUUUGUCAAGUAUCUGCGACGUGUCAACCACCUGUGAGAGUUUGUCUCAGUACGAACAUGUUACAGGAGCAACUGCAAUAUUGCAACGAAUACCAAGGAAAUGGAAAUGAAGCUUUAGGCUCGGUUGUCUCCUUGUCUACGGCGAUUGAGGAACAAAAGGCCGAGGAGAAAAGGCGAGCAGACCUUGUGAUUAUGGCUCAGCAAGGAACUCUUUUACGAAUAAGAAAGGAGAAGGAGGAAUCACUAAAGAAGACUGCAAAAGAGAAAUGCGAGUACUUGGAGAAUUUGAAGUCUCAGGCCGAAGAAGUGGCUUUGAGAAAAGUGCAGGCGAGAAAUGCGGAACUUUUGGCUGACAAAUUGUUUAUGGAGAAUAUAACGCGAGAGGAGGAGGUAGCUAAGAAUCUUGAAAAGGAAGAAAAAGCUAAGACUUUGAAAUACUAUAAUGAGUUGGCGGCAGAAGCUAAAAGGCAUCGAGCUCGAACCGAUUGGCGACUGCGAAGGAUGAAUUUAUUUGAUGAAAGAGUCGACAUGAUACUAAGCGCAAAAAAAGAAGUUUGGUCUUCGAUUGACGAACUUAACAUUAUUCCUUCCCCUGUCAGCGUCGACGAGGAAACUCCCAAGAGUCCUGAAGUUGUUGAGAAUGCUGAGAGUGUUUCAAAUGUCACAAAUAUGGAAAAGCCACACCCCGUAAUUGAUGCCUCAAAUAAAAAUGAAUCAGAGGUACAAAAUGAAACGCACAAAGAUGAAAAUAGUAACCCUGCAAAACAGGAAUUCAGAGCCCUCUCUCAAGCUUCGUCAAAGAAUCUUCAUCAAAAAGCGAAUCUGAAAUCAGAGAGGAAUAAAGAAUCACAAGAUAAAACGAAAGCAGUUCGUCCGACAGUUCUUGAUGUAAAAUCAAAAACUCAAGUCCCAGCCAUCAAGGAAAGAAAGAGUGAAGAAAUUCUCCCUUCCCGAACAAUUUCCCGCACAAAACCCACCUUAACUUCCGAUCUCGUCCAAUCUAGUAGAGAAUUUUUGAGCGAAAUCGGUGAAUCUGAAACUACAAAGAGAUACUUAGAUUUAAGAGAAGUCGCGUUGGCCGAAGCUCAGAGGAAUAAAAUGCGUGUCAUGCAGCACGAGUACGGAUUGAUAACUCCGAACAAUAACGAGUCGGCGAUUCAUUUCUCGGAUAUGGAGACUCGUAACGCAAAUUUUAUUCCCUCUCUCACCGAGAUUCAAAUUAAUCGCUUGAGAAAUACGCAACACCAGGUUGGCAAUUGGGAUCCCAUGGAAAUAAAGAGCUACGAAACUCCAGGUGAAAAUAUGACUGAGGCGCAGAGAAAUAAAUUGAGAAAUACAGCUCACAGGACGGAACAAGGAAAUUUCGAUAAGCCGAAGAAGACGGUGACUUUGACGGGCGAGGAACACGUUAUUGAGGAAAUGAAGGACAGUAAUGUGGAAAUACAAUCUCUAGGUCUCCAGACUCCGAUGUCUUGUGCAACGGAUUAUUUCACUUCUUCGAUGAACAGCAGCUCAAUACAAAUGCAAAGCUGUGAAAAUACUCCUUAUUCGGAAAUCAGCAGCGAUAUGCAAAUUCCAGCAGCCGCCGAUGAAAAUGUCGAUUCGAAAUCGAUUUUGGAAUCGAGAUUGAAUUAUCUUCAGGGGAAAAUUGAGCAUCCCGAUUUUGUUGGAUUCAGUAGAAAUGCGACAACGCCGACCUUUGAAUCGUCGUUGACGGUUGUUGAUGUGGAAAUGCUGGAUACGACAUCGUUGGCAGUUUAUCUUGAAAAAUCGGUUAUGGUGCCACUGAGAGUUCAAUGCAAACUUGUGAAUAAUGCAAUGAUUAAGUAUCUUCUCGAGGAACAUAAUAUUAUCUCGCAUCUGCACAGUCUGAGGGAUUAUUUCUUUUUGUUGAAUGGAGAAUUUGCGAGGAGCUUGAGCCAAUCUUUAUUCACGAGACUGUACGAGGUUUCCACACCGUUUGCACUUUUUAAUUCGGCGACUUUGAAAAGUAUUUUGGAUAGGGCGAUUGUCAAUUCGCUUAGUAGUAGUUACACGAAUUCGGAACUCUUGAGUCUUUCGGCAACUGGAUUGCCGAAUCAUUUGCAGGUGUCGAAUCCGGAAGCGCUAGAUUGUCUUUUAUUAAAUUACAAAAUGUCCUGGCCACUGAAUAUUAUUUUCGACGAAGUUGUAAUGCUUCAGUACACCAAAGUUUUUAAAUUCUUGCUGAUGGUCGGUCGCGUUUUGUGGGUUUUGGUUGAAGACUUUCAUAUUUUGAAGUCAGAAAGACAAGCUGCGACUUCAGAACAGUAUCACAAGAUUCAACUCUACAGACAUUCCAUGAUGCAAUUUAUAAAUGCUUUGCACACUUAUUUAACAUGCAGCGUUUUACAUGCGAGUUGGGCGGAAUUUGAGAAAGACUUAGGAGAUGCAACAACACUCGAUGAAGUCUACUUGAUUCACGUUAGCUACAUAAAGAAGAUUUUAUCAAGGUGCAUGUUGUACCAGAAGGAUCAGAAAAUGCGAGAAUGUUUACGCAAUAUUUUCACAGUGGUGCUAAAAUUCCACAACCAAAUUCGAUCUCGUAAAUGGGUUCGUGAUGCGACGGGCUACAUUCAUCCCAACUACGCCAAAGUCGAAGAUAUGUACAAAUCUUUCUGCAAAUUACGAACCUAUAUGGCUCGUGUUGCCAAUAAAUUGGCCAGUAGUGGAUAUCAACCACAUCUUACGCACUUUCUGCACGCGCUCAAUAUAAAUCCUCUUUACGACAUCAAUUCCAGCAAAGGUUAAAACAUAUUUUUCAUUAUUUUUGUGGCAAGAGAUUUUGGCUGUGUCAAAUGUAAUUUAGGUAAAGAGAGGGCAUUCGUAUAGAAAUCGAAUCCUAGAAUCUCAAUGUAAAAGCGGAAACAAUCCAUUCCAUGAUAGUUAUUUUUUGCGGAUAAAACAUUUAUAAAUUUUUACUUUUUCGUAGUCAAUGAAAAUGUAUUUUCAUACUGGAAUCAGUAUUUUAAUAUUUUGAUUUUUUUAAGUUUAGUUUUUUUGGUCAAUGUUUUUUUAGACAUGUUCUGGUUCUAAAUAGUAAUAUAAUUUAUGGCAUAUAAUAGAGGAAAAUAUUAUUCCAGAUUUUUCUAUGAGUUUUUGAAUUAAUAUUUUGUAUUAAAAGUCUUUUCUCUUCCAUUGGCAGUCGAUUCGACAUUAAUUUCUUAGGAAGAAAUGUAUGUAUUAAAAAGGUACCUAGGCUUUUUUAUAUAGUUAUUGACUCCUUUUUUUUAGAAAAAAGUUAAGUCAUGAUCCUGAUAAUUUCAUCUAUUUAUAAUUAGAUUCGUCUCAAAUUGUCAUCAUUGAACAAAUCGCUGCAUUAUCCAUCUCAUCUUCUACUUUUUAAGCUCGCUCUUUUAAUUUAAAGCGCAUUGUUCAUGUACAUAUAAUUAUUAAAAAAAGCGUUAAACUUAAAAAUUUAAAUUUAAUUUGAAUCAGUGAAGAACUCUGGCUGUGUAAAAUAUGUAUUAUAGAAGAAUAAAAAAUGUGUAUUGCU